UUCAAUCUACACAUCAUGCAAUACUGGAAUGGCAGUGGAUCUGGAGAUAUUGGUAUACGUGGCGGUGGACAUCCUGGGGAUAAUCCAUUCUAUAGUAAUAUCGACAGUAUGCCAGAUAUUAGACCACGCCGGAAAUCCAUACCUCUUGUGUCGGAACUUGUGCUCAAGACUAUGGCUGCCACCAAGCGCAAUGCCGGACUAACUUCAGCUGUACCUCGGGCCACAUUGAAUGACGAAGAACUGAAAAUGCACGUCUACAAGAAGGCUCUGCAAGCGCUCAUCUACCCAAUUUCCUCCACAACGCCGCAUAAUUUCGUGCUAUGGACAGCGACAUCACCGACGUACUGUUAUGAGUGUGAGGGAUUAUUAUGGGGCAUCGCCCGUCAAGGAGUUCGCUGUACAGAAUGUGGAGUGAAAUGUCAUGAAAAAUGUAAAGACUUAUUAAAUGCCGAUUGCCUGCAAAGAGCCGCCGAAAAGAGUUCGAAGCAUGGAGCAGAAGACAAAGCCAAUUCGAUAAUAACGGCCAUGAAGGAUCGCAUGAAGCAGCGUGAGCGGGAAAAGCCCGAAAUUUUCGAGCUGAUACGUGCGGUAUUCGGCGUAGAAGAGAAGAGUCAUACAGGUCACAUGAAGGCAGUUAAACAAAGCGUUUUGGAUGGUACUAGCAAAUGGUCGGCAAAAAUUGCAAUUACAGUGAUAUGUGCUCAAGGCCUGAUAGCGAAGGAUAAAAGCGGUACCAGUGAUCCCUAUGUGACGGUGCAAGUUAGCAAGGUGAAAAAGCGUACACGUACAAUGCCACAGGAGUUAAAUCCUGUGUGGAACGAGAAGUUUCACUUGUGAGUACUUAAUUGUCUGU